UUCAGUUGCCCAGCUAUGGCCUUCUUGCUACGGGCUGCUACCUGGGGGCUAGUCCCCUGGAGGAGCUACUGCUCCAAGGGGGUGCAGAGAGAACUCAGCAAGGGCUUUGUAGAGGCUCUGAGGGAAAUUGUGGGGAGCCCCCACGUGUCUACUGCGGUUGCUGUCCGAGAGCAGCAUGGGCACGACGAGUCAAUGCACAGGUCUGGUUCUAGGUGCCAACCUCCGGACGCCGUGGUGUGGCCCCAGAAUUCGGAACAGGUCAGCCGGCUGGCAGCCCUAUGCUAUGACCAGGGUGUGCCCAUCAUCCCGUUUGGCACAGGCACCGGGCUUGAGGGUGGAGUCUGCGCUGUGCAGGGUGGUGUCUGCAUCAACUUGACCCGCAUGGGCCGAAUCCUGGAGCUGAAUCCAGAAGACUUCUCCGUGGUGGUGGAGCCCGGCGUCACGCGCAAAGCCCUCAACAGCCACCUGCGGGACAGCGGCCUCUGGUUUCCCGUGGACCCGGGAGCAGACGCGUCCCUCUGCGGCAUGGCAGCCACCUCUGCUUCGGGCACCAACGCUGUGCGCUAUGGCACCAUGCGGGACAACGUCCUGAAUCUGGAGGUGGUGCUGCCAGAUGGGCGACUGCUCCACACCGCGGGGCUCGGCCGUCACUUCCGGAAGAGCGCCGCUGGCUACAACCUUACCGGGCUCUUUGUGGGCUCUGAGGGGACACUUGGACUCAUCACAGCAGCCACCCUGCGCCUGCACCCUGCCCCCGAGGCCACCGUGGUCGCCACCUGUACAUUCCCCACUGUCCAGGCAGCCGUGGACAGCACGGUACACAUCCUCCAGGCUGCAGUGCCUGUGGCCCGCAUUGAGUUCUUAGACGAUGUCAUGAUGGACGCCUGCAACAAGUACAGCAAGCUGAACUGCUCCGUGGCACCCACGCUCUUCCUGGAGUUCCAUGGUUCAGAGCAGGCGCUAAAAGAGCAGCUGAAGCGGACAGAAGAGAUCACCCAGCAUAAUGGAGCCUUCCAUUUCUCCUGGGCCAAGGAGGCUGAGGAGCGAAGCCGGCUCUGGACAGCAAGGCACAACGCCUGGUACUCAACCCUGGCCCUGCGGCCCGGCAGCAAAGGCUAUUCCACUGAUGUGUGUGUACCCAUCUCCCGGCUGCCAGAGAUCCUGGUGCAGGCCAAGGAGGACCUGAAGGCCUCUGGAAUUACAGGAACCAUUGUUGGGCACGUGGGCGAUGGCAAUUUCCACUGCAUCCUGCUGGUAGACCCAGAGGAUGUUGAGGAGCUCCACAGGGUCGAGGCCUUUGCAAAACAGCUGGGCAGGCGGGCACUGGCACUCCACGGGACGUGUACUGGGGAACAUGGCAUCGGGCUGGGCAAGCGGCAGCUGCUGCAGGAGGAGGUGGGUGCUGUAGGUGUUGAGACCAUGCAGCAGCUCAAGGCCAUGCUGGAUCCCCGGGGCCUCAUGAACCCAGGCAAGGUGCUGUAAGGAGCUCUGAGCGCUUGGACAAGGUUCCAAAGGCACCUCCUGUUCUGAAGAGGAACUUUCUUCAUGCCACUGAUUGGCUCUACCUGGCCCAGCCCACCAGGAUUUCCAGCCACCUUUCCGUAUCUAGCAACCCCAGCCUCUCCCUACCCCCCACCCCCACUCACCAGGACAAAGCCUGAGGGCCCCAGCAUCUUUAGCCCCAUCCCACCUGCCAGGUGACAGAACACUCCUGCCCUCCAUGUUAUGUGUAUAGGGCUGCUCUUUGGGCCCUCAAUAAACCUGAACCCCAUUUGCAGCUGUCUGGAGAUGAAGAGAUAGCAUCUGUGAAUGACCUGUGCUGCUCUGGUUCCUCCAGGUUGCCUGGGAGGUAUCCCUGGUCCAUCCUCUAACUUAGUGCAGUGAAAGGAUGGGGGCGGGGGGAGCGGAAAGGGGCUUCAGAAGGCAGACCACUUUCAGGAAACAGGCUCCUGUGCCAACUACCAACCCCCCACCCCCACCCCAUGAGUGCCUCCACGGCUUCAGAACUUGGUCCUGGGCCAAGUUCUGAAUUGGACCAUAGAACACUCAGAAUGUGUUCUUCAAGCAGCUGCUACCUGCCAAUCAUUGAAAAUGAAAGUGCAGUUAUUCUCCUUGUACCAUCGCUCCAUGGUGUGAUGUCUUACAUUACCAGCUAUUUUUGCCACCACUCAGGAUCUGUGCACCUCAGGGCCAGCUCAAGGCUUGGGCUCUCUCCUGGCUAGUCACUCAUCU